AUUCUCCCAUAUAAGGGACCAAAAUAUUAGGCUAAUUAGCUUUUUAGAACAACUCCUUGGCCUCUCUUCUCAUCUCUAUAAAUGUUUUGACUCUUCAAUCUUUCUCACACCCAAAAUCAACAAAUUAGAAUCUUUCUUCUUCUCUGUUUCUCUCUGUUUUUUGUCUUUCAAUGGAAAGUAUUAGAAGAAAUGUAAUUAGAAGCUGCAAUAAUAAUGAUGAUAAUGCAGCAGAAAGUGAGGUAAGAAGAGGCCCAUGGACCAUUGAAGAAGACACACUCCUUAUUCACUACAUUGCUUGUCAUGGUGAAGGCCAUUGGAAUAACUUAGCCAAAUAUUCAGGCCUUAAGAGAACAGGAAAAAGCUGCAGAUUGAGAUGGCUAAACUACUUAAAACCCGACAUCAAGCGUGGGAAUCUAACCCCUCAAGAACAACUCCUCAUCCUCGAACUCCAUUCCAAGUGGGGGAACCGGUGGUCAAAGAUUGCACAACAAUUACCAGGAAGAACGGACAAUGAGAUAAAGAAUUACUGGAGAACAAGAGUAGAAAAACAAGCAAAACAGCUAAAGAUGGAAUCGAACAGCCAAAAAUUCUUGGAGACAGUUCACCAUUUGUGGAUUCCGAGGUUGCUUCAAAAAAUGGACCAAAAACCAUCAUCAUCAACCUCCUCAAACUACAAUCCUCCAUCAUCAGAAGAAGCUUUAUUUCAAAAGCCAUGUGGUUCAUCCUCAUCAGAACCCACCAUAGAAGCCAAUCAGAGCUCAAUUCUGAGUUGUGGGGGUUAUUAUCAAUGGCCAGAAUCCUCUGAAAGUGUUUCAGAAGAGGCUGGGAAUAAUUGUGAUGUGCAGCCACUGAAUAAUAAUGGUGACUUUCUUCAGGUGGACCAAUUACAACUACAACUACAACACCCAUUUUCUUUCUUGGGUGCUGCUUGUGGAGGUGCAGAGUUUGAUGGCCAGAUGGCUGCAUCUGAUUGGGUUUUGGAGGAUGAUGUGGCAGAAAGAUUCUGGAAUUUCUAAGAGUAAUACAUCGGCACUCUUAAUACAUCCUUCCAUCACAAAAGAAUAUAUAUAUAUAUAUAUAUAAAAGAGUUAUCAUUUUAGAACAAAAAAAAGUUUACCACGUUACAAUUUGUUAUUGGAUAUUUGGAUAGAUUGUAUAACCAUUGGUGUAACUUAAAAUGCACCCAAAUAAUUGACUAUAGAGAUUGUUGUAUUUUUUCGAAGGUGUAAGAAAAAAUAUGAUUAGAUGAAGAUUUAUAUUUUUAGUUCAUAUUUUGGAUUGAAUCAA